AGACUAAGUGUCUCAAGAUGCUCAGCCUGCUGCCCGAGUCUUGGCUGCAAUUUAUAAGCGGACUCAGCUUGCCACAAAACCAAAGUCAAUGGACAUUGGAGUGGAUUCGCACCAAGAUUCUGGAAGAAGAUUUUCGUCGCUAUACACUGCGCGGAGGUGAUGACAGCACCAGCGGCUAUGCCAUGCAAGGGACAUGGAGGGAUCGAGGGCGUGGCAAUCGCGGUCGCUCCUACUACAACCAAGGUGGUCGCGGGACUUGGAACCAGCGGGGGCGUGGUGGCGCUGGUGCAAGAGGAAGAGGUGGUCACUCCAACAAUGACAACAGUGAACCACGCUUGAGGGGAGAGUGCUGGUAUUGCAAGGAAGAAGGGCAUCCAUGGUUUCGCUGCUCUACCAAGCCCGACUGGUGGACCCCUUGGAACCAAUCGCAAAAGGGGAAUGGAGGAAAGCAACCACAUGGAGGUGCCAACAUGGUAGCUGAUCCUGCUGAAGAAACCUCCAAGGAUGACAGAGGAAUAGGAAAUGAGGAGAGGAAUGCUGGACAGUUCUACCAUGUGUGUGACAAAGAUGACAGUGGCACAGCUGUUGCAAGGGCUGGAGAGGAACUGCACCCGCUUGAUAUGUGGGUCAUGGACUCUGGUGCUGCAUGGACAAUGAUACUACGCAAGGACUUGCUGGAUGCUGUGCGAGCGCCUCCAAUCUCCGAAGUGCGCUCAGCAUCCGGACAUGCAGUGAAGGUCGCUGGAGUUGGUCGAGCUGCAUUCAGAGCACCUGAUGGUGGACUGGUCGUGCUUAAGGACGUGUUACUCGUACUGGGGCUGAAGGCCAAUCUGAUAUCGCUGCGCAAGCUAGGCCAGGCCGGAGUCAGCACCACCACCAAUGGAUCCAAAACAUUCAAGGGGCUGCGAGGAGAUCGUGUGUUAUGGGAUUUACACGAAAGCAGAGAUGUCUUCAGAUCCAUGUGGCAGAUCCCUGCACUGAUAUGGGAAUCAACAAAGAAGGAGUUGGGAGCAGUAAAGGCGGGAUCUGGAGUCCAGGGGGAGUGCAAUGCAGUUAGUGCUGCAGGAGUGACGGUUUCUGCACGGUCGGGGGAGACUGAUUGGGAAACCGCACACAUGCGUCUAGGGCAUGUGGCUAUGCCAUUGCUGCAGCAACUGCAUAAGGAAGAAGCAGUAAAGGGGCUGAAGCUUUCUGGGCAACCAAAUGAUACCAAGUGCGAGACGUGUCUGCUGAGCAAGUUCACACGGUUCCCCUUUCACGGCGUAGCUGGGAAAAGCAAGGCAGCACUGGAACUGGUGCACAUGGACCUGGUAGGACCUUUUCCAGUUCGAGGAAGUAAGGGGGAAAGGUACUUCCUGACAAUAGUUGAUGACUGGAGUCGGCUGAUGUGGGCAUACCCGUUGAAGCAGAAGGAUCAUGCUGCCUCAACAAUACGAGAUAACUGGCUGCCGUUCGUCGAGCGACAAUCUGGGCACCCAUGCAAGAGCAUCAGAACCGACCGAGGUGGAGAGUUUCUAGGAGGAGAUCUGACUGCGUGGCUCAAGAAACAAGGCAUUGAGCAUCAGCUAACGACGUCCUAUACCCCUCAGUCAAAUGGCGUUGCUGAGAGGGCUAAUAGGACCAUCCUGGAAACUGCGCGAGCGCUGCUGAUCGAAUCAGGGCUGGGGAACUCCAUGUGGCCUCAUGCGGUGAGGCAUGCUACAGUGGCAAGGAACCGCGUACUCACAAAGGUGGCUGAUGAUAUGUGGGUGCCGCUGGAGAGGUGGCUUGGAAAGAAGCCUCCAGUGGACAUGCUCAGAGUGUUCGGAUGCAUGGCAGUGGCGCAUGUCCCUAAACCGUACAGGACAAAGCUUGGAGCAUCUGCACUAUGGUGUGUGCACCUUGGACUUGCGGCAGAGAGCAAGGGGUGGCUACUCUGGGAGCCCUCGAAGAAUGUGCUGUUUGACAGUCGGGAUGUCAAAUUUGUGGAGAACAUCAUGUAUGGCAAGUGGGAGAAGCAGCCGGAGGCAAGGGUCACCCAGCAGCUGGAAGAGAUCACUAUGCACUUCGAUUUGUCCGAACCUGAGGACAGCGAAGUCACUGCGCCAACGGCAAGCGGUACUGAUGAAGGAAGCAAUGAGGAUAUUGCAGCUGAUGCUGAAGUCAAGGAUCCGGAGCAGCAGCAGCAAGAGGCUUCCAAAACACCAAGUCUGCCAAAGCGAAGGAAACAGAUUGGUGGGGGGACAAAGGAUUGGGUGAAGGUGAAAGAAUGGGUAAAUCCAACCAUCUACCCUGCACGUACCAGAAUGGCAACGAGAAAGCUGCUGAGCUCUACAAGUGGAGGAGCCACAACUGAGCAGCAGGAACAGGCUCAAGGCGAAGAUGCAGUGCUGUUCUUGGGUGAUGACCAAGAGUCAGAUGACGAGGAGCCUGCAUACUGCUUUUACGCACCAAUACAACCUCCGAGCAUGGAUCAUGCGCUAGCCGGGCCUCAACGGGGGAAGUGGCUCGUUUCAAGAGAUGCAGAGUACAACAGCCAGAUGGAGAAUCACACAUGGGACCUGGUGUACUUGCCAAAUGGGAAGAAGGCAAUACAGUGCAAGUGGCUGGCAAAAAUCAAGACGGAUGAGAAAGGAGAGCCAUCAGUUUACAAGAGCAGGCUGGUGGCAAAGGGGUUUCAGCAGAAAGAGAAAGAAGAUUACAAAGAAGUGUUUGCCCCAACUGCUAAGUCUCCAACGCUACGUGUGCUGCUGGCGGUAGCUGCUGUGCGUAAAUGGAAGGUGAAGCAGAUGGACAUCGUAACCGCUUUUCUGUACGGCAUUGUGGAAGAGGAGGUGUACAUGGUUCAACCACCUGGCUAUGAGGAUGGAACCGGUCGUGUCUGCAAACUUAACAAGGCCAUCUAUGGCUUGAAGCAGGCCCCGAGAUGCUGGUACAACAGGCUGGCCAGUGCACUGGAAGGGAUUGGAAGCCGUGCGAGUGCAUGCGACGAGAGCCUAUUCCUGAUGGGCGAGGGGGAGUCGCUUGUGCUUCUGCUGGUGUACGUGGAUGACAUCCUGCUCUUCAGCAGCAGUGACAAGGAGAUCGAUGGGGUGCAGCGGAAGCUCACAGAGCAGUUCAAGUGCAAGUCACUUGGAGAGGCAAGGUACUACCUGGGAAUGCACAUUGAGCGGGAUACUGAACGUGGCUGGCUCAAACUGCAUCAGGGACAGUACAUCAACACCUUGGCUGAGAAGUACUCUCUGCAGGAAGAACGGGAAGUGGUACACCUUUGCCUUCCGAGUUCAAACUCAUAAAGGCAGCUGAAGGAGAAGGAGUUGAGAGUG